AUGGAAGAGGAAGAUGCGGUCGAACUUUUACAAAGAUAUAGGCGGGACAGGCGUGUACUUCUUGAUUUCAUACUUUCUGGCAGCUUAAUUAAGAAAGUUGUAAUGCCUCCCGGUGCAGUAUCAUUGGAUGAUGUGGAUCUAGAUCAAGUCAGUGUUGAUUUUGUUCUGAAUUCCGCGAAGAAAGGUGGAAUGCUUGAACUCUCAGAAGCUAUUAGAGAUUAUCAUGAUAGCACUUUGUUUCCACAUAUGAAUAAUGCAGGUUCCACCGAUGAAUUUUUUUUGGUUACAAAUCCUGAAUCUUCAGGUUCACCACCAAGACGUGCACCACCGAUCAUCCCUGUCAUGGCACCAUCACACAUAUUGCCAAGACUAUCGGAAGCAGAAUCUCUUGAAUCCACACAAGUCGAAGAACUGUCUAGCCUAUCAAAAUCACAAUCCCUUAGCUCUGCACAAGCUCAAGAGUUAACUGUAGAUGACAUUGAUGAUUUCGAGGAUGAUGAUGACUUAGAGGAAGUUGACAGUCACAGGUAUUCAAGAAGAGUUCUGAAUGACGCUACUGAUCUUGUGUUGGGAUUGCCUUCAUUUGGAACAGGUAUUACAGAUGAUGAUCUUCGUGAAACUGCAUAUGAAAUUCUGUUGGCUGCUGCAGGGGCUUCAGGGGGCCUCAUUGUACCGUCAAAGGAGAAAAAGAAAGAAAGAAAGUCCAAACUGAUGCGGAAGCUUGGACGGGGUAAGAGCGAACAUGCUGUGACUCAGUCUCAACACACACCUGGUUUGGUUGGCCUGUUGGAGACAAUGCGUGUCCAGAUGGAGAUUUCUGAGGCAACGGAUAUCAGAACAAGACUGGGGCUGCUUAAUGCCCUGGUGGGAAAAGUGGGAAAAAGAAUGGAUACUCUUUUAAUUCCUCUGGAGUUGUUAUGUUGCAUUUCACGCACAGAGUUCUCUGACAUGAAAGCUUAUAUAAGAUGGCAAAAAAGACAAUUAAACAUGUUGGAGGAGGGGCUUGUAAAUCACCCUGCUGUGGGAUUUGGAGAAUCAGGGCGCAGAGCUAGUGAACUGAGAAUUCUUUUGGCAAAGAUUGAAGAGUCUGAGUCUCUUCCAUCUUCUACGGGUGAACUUCAACGGACAGAAUGCUUAAGAUCACUCAGAGAGAUUGCUAUUCCACUGGCAGAGAGACCAGCUCGAGGUGACUUAACUGGUGAAGUAUGCCAUUGGGCAGAUGGCUACCAUCUAAAUGUCAGGCUUUAUGAGAAAAUGCUUCUCAGUGUCUUUGACGUUCUAGAUGAAGGAAAGCUAACAGAGGAAGUGGAAGAAAUUCUGGAACUUUUGAAGUCAACCUGGCGUAUUUUGGGAAUUACAGAGACAAUUCAUUACACCUGCUAUGCAUGGGUGCUAUUCCGACAGUUUGUCAUCACUAGCGAGCAAAGAAUCCUGCGGUUUGCCAUUGAACAGUUAAAGAAAAUACCAUUGAAGGAGCAACGUGGUCCACAGGAAAGGUUGCAGUUGAAAAGCUUACGUUGCAGGGUUGAAAGUGAACAGGGGUUUCAAGAGUUUACUUUCUUACAGUCCUUCUUACUACCCAUCCAAAAAUGGGCUGAUAAGCAGCUUGGAGACUACCAUCUCCACUUUGCUGAGGUUUACACUCGGACCCUAUUCUGUUUGCCACUUGCUGAUACUAGUUUGCAUGCACAGAUGUUUGAAUACAAGCAGCAGCAAAACUGA